AAAUUCCUCCGAAGGAAUCACAACGACAGCUGCGCACGUGAGAGCACCCAAGAACACACGAGAGCACGCGACGCGAGUGAACAACAGCCGCACUGCUACAUCCUCUGACGCAGUGCGGCCAAGGCCAACGCUAGGGGCCCGGGCGAUCCACCACAACACCAUCGAUUCUACGGCCCUAGACUGGGCCGCAGUGCGGCUUCAUAUUGACCGCCUGCUGUCCUUUGACCGCUCGCCCCGCCACCGGAGCCAUCGCACUGCGCCGUCGGACAACAGUCGCACGCUGUUUUUCUUUCUCUUAGAAAAAAUGACGGUCGCCGACGACGUCACGAGCAAGACCGGCAACGUCACCAACAACACGGUCUACAACGAGUCGCCUUAUAACGGCGACCCCUGGCGCCGCUAUAACGAGUACGAGCAUCCGUACAAGCCCUCCCAGUCCCGCACCGCGCAGCUGACGCAGACCGCGCGCGCGGUCAUCGACGCUACGAGCGGCGUCGCGCGGGAGGCGUGGGGGAGAGGCGCGGGGGGGUGCAGCGCGGGGGCUGAGCGCGCCCUGGCGUGGGCGCGCGGAGGGGGAACAUGGCGGUGGAUCGUCCUUGCGACGACUGCUGCGUCGCUCGUCUCCCUGGCGGCCUGCACAGUCAUAUUCCUCUUCGUCACCACCGCUCUCACCACAGCAGCAUUUGUGGUCUGCGCCGGCGCGUCGCUCGCCGCCGCUGCGCUCUUCCUCUGCCUGCUGCUCUUCAGCGUCGCCACUGUGCUCUGCGUCGCCGUCUCUGCCGUCGCUUUCACCGCCAUGGCCGUCGCGGCAUCCGCUAUCGCGUGUAUCCUCUUUGCCGCUGGAACGGCUCUGUCGGCGUUUGCAUGGUGGUGGGUGCUGACUAAAGUGUCGUCUGCCGUGCUCUCCUCUGCUGCCGCCACCAAGGACUACCUCCUCCCUCCACCACACCCUGCUGGCCUUCCACCCGCUCGAGGCAUGCCCGUGCCACCUGCAGCUGCAGCGCUAGAGACUGGAGCCGCAGUGCCAUCAGCAGCAGCAGCAGCAGCAGCAGCAGCAGCAGAACCAGCAGCAGCAGCAGCAACAGAAGCAGCAGGAGCAGCAGCAGGAGAGGAAGCAUCGCCACCUGCAGCAGCACCAAUCUGGCCAAAAUUUGCAGCAGCCUGACAGAGCUGCCACCUUUGGUUGCCGGAGUGGCAGCAGCAGCAGCAGCAGCAGCAGCAGCAGCAACAGCAGCAGCGGAGACAGCAGUGGCAACAAGGGCAUUGGUUGGCUGAUGCAGCAUGCUUUGCCCUUGCGACGCGACUGCUCUGUUCAGUAAUAGUGUUUAUUCGUAGGUAGUUGCUUGUGGGCUGAUGCCUUAAGUCCUGAGUGCCAUCUUCCAAGCCUAGCUCGGAAAACCUCCUACCAAAGAUUUUCGAGGCUGCUUAUAUUUUGCCUUGCUUGAACUCGUUCAAAUAUGCUUUCUGGUGUUGGAAUUCUCAUUCCCAGAACCUGGCUAUCAUGUUGGAAUGACUAGG